GUAGAUCCAUUCAAGAUAGCUAAGAUGUCUGCUCCUACAGCAAUCAAAAGUACCAUAAAUGAGCCAACUGUAUCACAAGUUGGAUUAAAAGAUGCACAUGAUGAUGAUGAUGACGAAAUGAUCGAUGUCAACGCCAUACCCACCGGGGAAACUGCACAAGAAGACAUUUCAUCAUCUCAGAAGCAAGAGACUGCUGGAGUAGUUUUUGAUGAAAGUGGAAAACCCAAGUUCACGGCUGCUUCCAAAAGUGGCAUGAAAGUAAAGCUUGAAUCCAGAAAGGUUCCGGUACCACCACAUAGAAUGACUCCUUUGAAGAACACAUGGCCAAAAAUAUAUCCUCCAUUAGUGGACCACUUAAAAUUACAGGUGAGAAUGAACUUAAAAACCAGGACAGUGGAAAUGAAAACCAACAAAAGUACCACAGAUCAAGGUGCGUUACAAAAGGGGGCUGACUUCGUUAAGGCAUUCACCUUGGGAUUCGACGUUGAUGACGCUAUUGCAUUGUUAAGAUUGGACGAUUUGUAUAUCGAGACCUUUGAAGUGAAAGAUGUCAAGACUUUAACGGGUGACCAUUUAUCCAGAGCCAUCGGUAGAAUUGCUGGUAAAGACGGUAAGACCAAGUUUGCUAUUGAGAAUGCCACCAGGACCAGAAUUGUGUUGGCGGACUCCAAGAUUCAUAUUUUAGGAGGUUUCACCCAUAUUAGAAUGGCAAGAGAAGCAGUGGUAUCGUUGAUUUUAGGUUCCCCUCCAGGAAAAGUGUACGGGAACUUGCGUACAGUUGCAUCCAGAAUGAAGGAACGUUACUAGAUUCAACUUCUCAUUGCAUUAUAUUAUCUGUGUAUAUUACUUUAACCUUUUCUUAAUUAACAAAAAGCUUAUCAUAAGUCGUCUAGUAAAUCUUGAGAGAAAUCAUCCACGACUUCAGCAUUCUCAAAUAAAUGGGGUUUCAACUCAUCUAGAAUAAGCUUCUUUUGCAUGGCAUAUGCAUCCUCUCCAUCCUGAUAAUAUGACUUUUCAAUGGUGGUAACCUCAAACUUCAAAGUGUCUCUAUAUAAAUGCAACGCUGCUCUAUUAGACUUUCUAACAUGUAAAGAAACAUAUUGACCACCAAAGGAUUCACACAAUGCAUACAACGAAUGACGCAUUAACUUUCCCGCCAACCCCAAUCUUCUAUAAGUUCUCAUGACUGACAAGGAGGUUAUAUGUCCAUGAGGAGUUUUGUCUUCGGCUUCUGGAUCGUCUUCCAUUUUGGCCAACACAUACCCUACUAUCUUCUCACCCUUUUUGAUAUAGGCUGUGUCACCUUUGGGGUCUUUGACGGUCACGGUGUCCAAACUUAUUUCAUCAUCCCAUUCUUCUAUUUCAUCAAAUGUGGUUGCCACAAAGCUACCUUGGGGCCAUGAUAAAGCGUGGUACAUGUAGUAUUUUGUCAAGUAAUUUUCAGGCAAGUUGUGCAAGUUGGCGUUUUGUAUGGCCUGGAUAUCAUAGAUAUCUGCCUGUCGAAUCGUAAUCCCCAUUUUUCUUCGCUGUUGUUGGGCUAUUUACAGAUGUUUCAACGGUUGGAGAAGUUGUCGAGGUAU